UGCAAGUUUACAUGAACAAAGAUGUGUCCUGUCAACCGAGUGAGGGUGAUUCGCUGAGGAUGAUUUUGACACUGUUUCGUCACGGAGCCCGUAGUCCGGUACAGUCAUUUCCCUCGGAUCCACACGCAGACUAUCCCUGGCUGAAUGGACCUGGAGAAUUGCAACCGCAAGGAUUCGAGCAACUGUACCAACUUGGUCGGAACAUGCGUCGUCGGUACAAAUUUUUCAUUCCCGAGGACACUGCCACGAUGAAAAGAAGCAUUUACGCCGUCAGUAGUUGCGCCCAGCGCUGCAUAGACAGCUCCCAGAGUUUUCUGACGGGAUUCCUGAAGACAUCGAAUGGUUCCGAAAUUCGUCGACAACCCGUUCCGAUACAUGUAAUUCCUCCGGAUCAAGAUACUGUGAGUUUGCAAGAUCAACGAUUGAAUUUCGCCACUAAUUAUCUUUGUUUUCAGUACAUUUUACAAAACAAGACCUGCCAGAAAGUGAAAGUGAUCUCCGCCCAAGAGAAGGCCAACAGCGGCUCAUUCCUGGCGGCAUUGCAUCGGGAGGGAGUGGCAUUACAGGCGCUGAUUUCCGCGGAAGUCGGUGAACCCAUCACUUCCCUCUACGACACGGCAUUGAUUUGCGACAAUUUGGAGAUUUACAAUGGGAUGGGACUGAAGCAACCCGACUGGGCUUAUCAAAUCUUCCCGGACCGGGCUCGGGCAUUCCUGCUGGGAUUCCUACUUAGCUAUUCGGCGACGGCGGAGCUGAAACUCAUUCGGGGUGGGGCAAUUUUGAGUGAAUAUCUGCGAAAAAUGAAGGCAAAACGUGACGGAAAGCUGAAGCAGAAUCGCAGAAUGUUCUUCUAUUCGGGUCACGAUCUGACGCAAGUCAAUCUAUUCAACGCUUUAGGUAUGAAGGAACAGAUACGACGACGGCCGGAACUGGGCUCGGCGGUCGUUUUUGAGCUGCACAAGAGCAAAGACUUCUGGAAGGAUUUAGAAUUGCUCAUGUUUUACUACGAGAAUUCAUCGAUUGAAAACCCCGCGGAGUUGGCGAUUCCAAACUGCGCCGAACCUUGUUCGCUGACUAAGUUCGAACGGACGGUUAAGCCGCUGUUACUUGACGAUUAUGAUGAGAUUUGUUCAACGUGGUAGA